CGCCCUGACGGGUUAAAUACGUUUCCCACAAUGCACCAGUGACUCAGCGGGAAACCAAAAUGGCGAGUGUUUUAGGAGGAAAGUAGUCGUUGAUAUUCUGAAGCCCACAACGUGCAUAUUGAGUAAUUCUUUAUUUUGAUACGCCAGACUCGUUUGUCUAUUAGUUUUGGGAGUAUUCGAAGUGGCUUUGACUCCGAAAAGUGGCCUAAUGAGAGAGUCAACAGAAGUGGAUAACUUGUCUGCUCACUCGGAGGGAAAUGCUUACCCACAGCCCCGAACACCCGUGCCCUGUAUCGGACUCGGUUACAAUGGCAUUACAGACGCUCCAAAGCUCGGAAACAAAUUCGAGGAAGGUUUGGACGUCCUAGCGAGAUGGUCAGAUGGCUUGUUUUACCUGGGGACUAUAACAAAGAUAGAUGAUCAGAAGCAUCGCUGCUUCGUUGUCUUUGAGGAUCAGUCGAAAUCUUGGAUUCUUUGGAAGGAUAUUCAAACUGGAGACAGUGAGGAGCCAGAAAUGGUAUGCAGCAUCUGUCAAGAUGAAAAUUCAGAGGCACCCAAUGAGAUGGUCAUCUGUGACAAGUGCGGACAAGGGUACCAUCAGCUUUGUCAUACACCCAUCAUUGAUUCCAGUGUUGUGGCGUCUGACGACAAAUGGCUGUGCCGGCAGUGUUCGACAACGACCAAGAAAGGCGGUGUCCUGAAGAAAGGUCCAAAUGCCAAAACUUUCCAAGAAAUGAAGCAAUCUUUUCCUUAUGUUCUGGAUGACCUGGUGUGGGAUCAAGGUCACAAAACCAACAUCCAGCAAUGUUACUGCUACUGCGGCGGUCCUGGCGACUGGUAUCUGAAGAUGCUGCAGUGCAGGCGGUGCAGACAGUGGUUUCAUGAGGCCUGUGUCCAGUGUUUCCACGAACCCAUGCUGCAUGGAGACAGGUUUUAUAUAUUUAUUUGUUCGGUUUGUAAUUCUGGACCAGAGUUUCUGAAACGACUGCCUCUUAGAUGGGCAGAGGUUGCACAUCUGUGCCUCUUCAAUCUGAGUGUCAUUUACAAGAAGAAGUACUUUGAUUCAGAAAGGGAGCUGAUGGCUUAUGUCAAUGACAACUGGGAUCGGCUACAGCUUGGUGAGCUUUCAGAAACUCCAAAAUCGGAACGCUACGGAAGUGUUCUCGAAGCACUGAAUAACAACCACAGCAUGUUUAUGUCUGGAAAGGAGAUCAAGAAGAAGAAGCACUUGUUUGGUCUGAGGAUCCGCGUCCCUCCAGUGCCCCAGAGCUCGGAGCUUUGGCCGGAUCGAGAGCAGGAGAAGGGUUCCCAUGAGAUCAAGAUCAAAGGCCGCAAAUCUUCAAAGCCCCUUUAUGUGUCUGCCAGUCUUUGUACUUCUAGCAGAACACGUAAACUUCUGCCAUGGCCAGUUCCCCAGUCCUCUCUGAAAAGACGGCGGGGACGACCUCGCCGGACACUCCCGCCGCCAAAUCCUGAAAUUCAACAUGUUGACCUCGACCAGCAGCCACCAUUUCACACCACUAGCAGCGAAAGUAGAAGUUUGGAAUUUAGUAGAAGUCUUUUCCCUCUUCCUGGUGUUCCAUCUUCAGAGCACUGCCUAAAUGAUCAAGACCAGAUCAGCCACCUCAAGUCCUCCAUCAGCAGCUACUUUGGAGCAGAGGGCCGUAUGGGUUGUGGGGAGAACUAUCACGUGCUGGGGCGCCGUGUCACCAGAGAUGGAACAGUGCAGUAUCUGGUGGAAUGGGAGGGGUUCACUGCCUCCUGAGGCUCUUAUUUGGAUGCAGCUGUCAUUGUUUUUGUCUUUAAAAGGAGGCCUUGAUAGUGUUACUUGUAUUCUUAUUUUAUUUUUAUGCCAGUGAUGGGUGUUUUAAAAAAAAUCGAAAUCUACUUUUCCAGCGUCCAGAUAACUGGGGCCAGUGACACAGUAACGAGUCAUUUCAGAACAAAUAGUUUGACUUCAUCUUCAAACCUCCAGCUGAUUGCCUCUCUGUACUCUCUUUAGAGAGGGCAGAGCAUCGAGACUGAGUAGGGCAGAGAUGUGUUUGGAGAAUAUUUGUGCUCCAUGUUGUAACUUUUCAUUUUGGUGGAAAUGUAUUUUAACUGUUGGUGUUUCAUGUUCGAGUGAAACUGGGUUCCCUUGAGAGUUAAGUCAUUUAGUUGUGAAAUGGAAACACACUUGUAUGUUGAAUGUCGUUCUCACACAUUGCAUUUGAAGGGCACUGGAGCUAAAUGCUUUAUGAGGUAAGCAUGGGGAUUUCAUAAUUAUCAGAAUUGUAAAGCUUAUUCUCAUUCUCUCAUUCUUUCCUUUUUUCUUUGUAAUUGUCAUCCCAUUUUCCAGCGGAACUACUUUUUAGUUGUAGUAGUUUCUGCAGCAGCAUCAUCCCGAUGGUCUCAGGCUUUUCUUUUGAUUGAUUGAUGGUGCUAUUUAUUUGACCUGAAACAGUGCCAUUAUACUGACUGUUUGCUGAGUCUGCUCAGGAUCAUUUUAGGUUCACUGUUAAACUUGCUGAUCAAAGUCAGAUAUGGUCAGAAAUGUGGAAUGUAGUGUGUGUGUGUGUGUGUGUGAGAGGCAGGCAGGAGGUGACAUGAUUAGACAUGUGUUGGAGUUCUAGUGUUAUUAAGUGUGUUAUUGUAGCAUGAAAGAGUUACCUGUUGUUUAUUUCAUAUCAGUGAUGAGUAAUGGCCAGUCUUCAUCUGUGGAUCAUUUAGUGUCAGUGCCCUCGGGGACCAUAGAGAGUAGAGGGAUCCAGGGGACCAUAGAGAGUAGAGGGAUUCAUACCUCUUGUGUGUCUCUCAGUGAAGAACUCUUGUCGAUCAUUUAUUAUGCUUGAACCUAUUAUGUCAGGGCCUCACAUUUCUGCUCUUGGGAGGCAUGGUCCUUCUGCAUUAAUACCUCUCUGUGAAUUAUAUUCAUACGUUUACAUAAAUGUGUAUGUGUAUAUAUAUAUAUAUUUUCUUUUCUUUCUUGUUGUGCCAGUACAAGUUUCUUUAUGGCCAAAGAAUAAAUAUGAAAAUCUCAUUGGUUUCAUAAUGUGGUAUGUUCCUACAAAACUUGCCUCAAAUUGUCUUGCAAUAUUUAUCAUUUCUCUCUAAGCAUAAGCUGCAACACACCAAGAACAGCUUUUAAAAAGUUGCCAAUUGUAUUUUUGAAAUAAAUCAGUUAGGAAACUA